AUGAAGCAAGCGAAGGUUUCCGGAAAGGUCCGCCUUCUCGGGACCCCCGCCGAAGAGGGAGGCGCAGGCAAAGUAAAGCUUAUCGAUGCAGGCGCCCUGAAAAGUACUAUCGCAUCAUUAAUGAGCCACCCAACACCUCAUUUUCCUCAUAUAUCUGCAGACUCAGCAGGUGUCGCAUUUGGUACCACCUUGGCUGCUGCUGGAUUUACAGCGGACUUCACUGGCAAGUCAGCGCAUGCUGCACAGAUGCCUUGGGCUGGUGUAAACGCUCUUGAUGCGGCGUCACUAGCAUAUCAGGCAGUCGGUCUGCUUAGACAGCACAUUAAGCCAACCGAGAGAAUCAAUAUUAUACUUCCCGAGGGAGGCACGGCACAAAACAUAAUCCCUGACAAGGCACGGAUACGUUUCAGCGUGCGAUCCGAAACAUUAAAGGAGAUGGACAUUUUGCGGACCCGGGUUGAAAAUUGUAUGCAAGGUGCAGCACUGGCUACAGGCUGUGGGGUCGAAAUAGCCUCGGAAAUGGUCCCAUAUGCAGAAAUUCGACCGAAUGAGACCCUGUGUACAGAGUUCGCCCGGUAUAUGAGUUCCAAGGGAAUGGAAUAUCACUGCGACCUGCUAAAAAAGGACCUCGCCUCUUUCAGCACAGAAAUGGGUAAUGUUAGUUACGAGGUUCCUUCAUUCCACGGACAUUAUUUUAUUCCCACCCCUCCCGGAACUGCGAUGCACACCGACGCAUUCCGUGAUGCUGCGAAGGCAGAAGAAGCGCACAGUAUUACCAUGUCGGUCAGCAAGGGAAUGGCUGUUACUGCCCUCAGGGUUCUCAUCGAGGACGAUUUUGCGACAGAAGCGAAGAAUAACUUCGAGAAAGAUAAGAAUUUGCGAUAG